AAUCGUUGAAGAUUCAAACCUCGAAGCCUAUAUAAUGGGAAGAAGCUGAGUGCAAUUCUCAUCAAAUAUCAAAAUGGCUAUUACUCGUAUUGCUCUCUGCCUUAGCUUUGCAUUCCUCGUCUACGUGGUUGGAGGAGCCAAAGUGACAUUCACAAACAAAUGUGGAUACACUGUAUGGCCAGGAACACUUACUGGAGACCAAAAGCCUCAACUAUCAACAACAGGUUUUGUGUUGGAUCCUCAAGCAACCAACUCGGUGGACCUUCCUUCUCCAUGGUCAGGUCGGUUUUGGGCCCGUACCGGAUGCUCAAACAACAACGGAAAGUUUAGCUGCGCCACGGCCGAUUGCGCAUCUGGUCAAGUUGAGUGCAACGGUGCUGGCGCAGUUCCACCAGCAACUUUGGUUGAAAUUACAGUAGCUUCAAAUGGAGGACAAGAUUUCUAUGAUGUGAGCAACGUCGACGGGUUCAACGUGCCGAUGUCCGUAACUCCACAAGGUGGGAGUGGUGAUUGCAAAACCUCGAGCUGUCCAGCGAAUAUCAACACAGUGUGUCCUGAUGAGCUUCAAGUGAAAGGCUCUGAUGGAAGUGUGAUUGCUUGUCAGAGUGCUUGUUUGAAGUUUAAUACAGAUGAAUAUUGUUGCCGUGGAAGUCACAAUACAGCGGCUACAUGUCCAGCCUCAAGUUACGCUACGACUUUUAAAAAUCAGUGUCCUGAUGCUUAUAGUUAUGCUUACGAUGAUAAGACUGGCACUUUCACUUGCAAUGGUGGACCUAGCUAUGCUAUCACCUUCUGUCCUUAAUUUAAUGGCCACCUUCUAAAAACAGUUAUGUCUAUGUUUAAAAUAAAAUAGGUGGUUACAGUUUACAAUCACACAAACAUGAACAUGUGUGAUAUAUAUGUAAACCUAGAAUAUGAAUAAAAGAUCACAUGUUUGUAGUUAAUGUAUUAAUGAUAUUUUUAAAUUAUUGUAUGGAUGAUUGCACUAUUUUGGUCCACUUUU